AUGGCGCCGGCCUUGCCUGUGCUCCUCUGGCCGCGCGUCCCCAAACCCGCCUGGCUCGGCAUGUUUGGGAUCAUACGGGCCCUCGAUGAGAUCAUGUUGUUGUCACAGCCGCAAUGCCGCUCUGCGGCGCUUGUUCCUCUGGCCUUCGCCCUCCCGCCGCACUCCUUCGAGCUGCCGCUCUUCGUUUCGUCUGCCCAUCACCCUCCCGCCAUGGUCGAGCAUGCUCUCCGUCUGCAGCAGCCAGCUGCCGUCUCCUGGCUCGCUGCCCUCGACAAUUUGUCUGUGCCUGACCUGGACGGCGCUGCCCUGGUCAAGUGGGCGGCCAAGUAUCGUCCUGCCCUGGCCUCGCUUCUCUUGGUCGACCACCACCACCACCACCACCACCACCAUGUUCCGCUGUCGCCAACCCCUGCUUGUCGCGACGCACACCGCCCUCGCGCGUCCUCUGACGUCAGUGGCGAACUCGAUGGCCAAAUCAUUGCCGCUGCCCUGUUUGAGUCUCUUGCCUCAGCCGACGAGCUGCCGCUCCAGAUCCAGUCAUCGUCGCCAUCGCUGGACACUCUCAAGGCCCGACUUCAUCGCCUCGCCCAUCCAUCCAAAACCAAAUCUCACCAUCCAAACAGCCACAACCACAACCACAACUACCACCUCCACAACUACCACCUCCACCACUCCGGACACUCGUCCCAUGCCUCGCCCAAGUACCCGCUUCGGCCGUCUCGAGCAAGAAGACUCUCGUUUUCAAAACGGCUGACUCGGUUCCAUCGCCGACGGCUUUCGCAGCCCCAUGUCGACGUGCAGCCAGACUCGCAGCAAUCACCCAGCGUCCGUCCAUCACCGGUCGAGCCUGGAUCAUCCGCCUGUCAACUGACCCAAUCGUCUGGCUGCUCCGACAGCCAGCCCGCCCGGCUCCACUCUGAUGCCAUCUCCCUCUCCGCCAUGAACGCCGCGGUGACAUGCGUCGGACACGCUCAUAAAGCCUGUCCCAAGCGCCGGUCUCCCUGGAAGUGGGGCUCCCAGCAGAGCGCUAACACUCUCCCCCUCCCCGCCAUGAUCUGCCCUCGCACAGAUGCGUCUCUCCCGCCCCGCUCCCAUAGAUCCUCCACCCGUCUGCCUCCGGAGCUCUGGCACCGCGUCUUCCAGUUUGUCUAUCAGCAAAGCCAGGACCGCGAGUCCAUCCAGGCCACCCUGGCCAUGCUCUGCCAGGUCAGCCGCCUGUUUUACCAAACGGCGACGCGGUUUCUAUGGCACAAUCCGAUCUUGCAGUCCAACGAGCUGCUCAACGCAUUCCUUGGGAUCUGUCGAUCAGGGUCGCUUGCACAUGUAUCGCCCAGCAAUCACCCCGCCCGCUUUGUGCGCAUCCUGGAUCUGUCGGCCCAGUUCCU